AUGCCGCCCAGCGAGCGGGCAGAGAAACAGGCUGCCGCUCAGCAGGCAGUCGAUAUUUUGCAUGAGAUUGCCACCAUUCUGAACUGUCACCUGGACCGGCGCACUCUUUCUAUCUGUAUCUCCAUGAUUGAGAACGGCGUCAAUCCGGAGGCUUUGGCUAACGUCAUCAAAGAACUCCGUGUCUUGGGCCAAGAUCCUCAGCAGUUGGAUGCUCUUGUUGCCAACUAUCUAGCUUCAUCACGGCGGCGGUGA